CAAAAAACCUGGGAUGGGGGUGUGUAAGGGGCCUACCUACCUGGGUCCUGGGUAGGUAGCUAGGUAUGCAAAUACAUACAUCUGGUGGGCCAAAUGUGUGUCCUCUGAUAAUUCGAAGCGCAAGUGCCACAGUUUCCAGUCAUUCAGCCGAUCGUGUUACGCUUUCUGACCGAUACCGUCCACAUGUUGCUGGCUUAGCGGGAAAGCACCUACAUGUAGGUUGGGUUAGUUAUCUUGGAGGCACCCGGCCAUGUGGAUUGUGCGUAGUUGGGCCAAGUUCUUAUAGUAGUAAUGACUCCUUUGUCCAAUACCACACUCUUCCCUGCGCUUCUACCAUUUACCAGAGUCCUGGGCUUUGGCGGCGUAGUUACCCAUUCCACUGGGUCAACCGAACAUAUUAACGCCUUCUUUUGUGAUACAUAAGUAAUAUCGAUGGCAAUUCGGCAUAGGAGGACAUCCGUUACGGGUGACCUACCACAAACCUUUCAUCUUUUCACCCAAUUACCGAUUGAACUCCGACUUAUAAUAUGGAGCUACAAUCUUCCGGGCCCACGUAUCGUAGAGAUUAAAUGCAGUACUGACUCUACUGAGCCACUUUUGACGUCUCAGCUUGGACAAGACGACAAUAGGCGCAUCGUCUGUACAUCCACCUCGCCUAUCCCAGUCAACUUGCAUGUGUGCAGGGAAUCUCGGCUGUACGGACUGAAACAAUAUCGGCUGUUGUUUGGGAUAUCCCCACAGCCUGGUCGAGUCUUCUUUGACGCCCGGAAGGAUACACUUUACUUUGGCGCGAGACAGAAACUCACGGCAUCGGGAACACUCCUUGAAAAGUUUGUGUCUCUGGUUCAACCGGAGGAUCUGGCCCAGGUUCAUCGAAUUGCCAUCAAUGAAGGACUCAUAAAGGGCCAUAGAAGCGCCGCCCAGUUCAUAGCCGAAAAGAUUCUGCGCCAAGCUUAUCAACACUUGACCAACUUGGAGCAGCUCACCUUUGUCUGCAACGACAAGAAUCCCCUAUACAGCUCCGAUGCAGUCUUCGUCAACCCCCGAAUGCAGAAUCGGAUUCUGGAGCGUGACGUUCAGAAUGCGAUUGGCAUCUUGCAGCAUAGACAUCCUAGAUCCAGGCCACUUUCGUGGAGCAUCCGAGCUAUUGCCGCCGAACCCAGUCGCCCUGCAUACAGCCAGGAUGUUUUGGGCUAUGAAGGAACUCGAGUAGAAUUCUUUCGCCGAGUUCAGCUACCGGAGUGUGAGAAGGCUGUAGCUAAGUUGCGAUGUGCUGUAGGUGUAUAAGAUGAGAUUUAUGUAGGAAUGAGAUACAUGUAUAUGGUGUUCUGGACUGUCCUCAGACUCCUCACAUCGUGAGAUCACAACAUCAAUAAUAUGACCCCAGGCUAUAGAAAGAAGUACCUAAGUACCUACAUGAACUUUACAUAAAUCUCGAGGCCAACGGAAAAUCAUCGGACCUUCCAGAGAUCUAGGUUAAUCAAUUGGAUCCAAUCAGAGCAUAACUACACUUUUAACUAGACCUGAUUGGUUAACUAGCGCUUCGUACAAAAGUAUCUAACUACAUAGUAAUGAACUUUAUCGCCAGAGCUU